CCCUCACCUUUCAGUCCCGCCUUCCGCGGAGGGGCGACUUCCGGCAGCUCCACUUCCUGCUUCCGGGAGAGCCCGGCGGGGCGGGGAGCGGCGCGGGGAGCAGCCGCGGCCAUGGAGAUGCAGUCGUACUACACGAAGCUCCUGGGGGAGCUCAACGAGCAGCGCAAGAGGGAUUUCUUCUGCGACUGCAGCAUCAUCGUGGAGGGGAGGAUCUUCAAAGCGCACAAAAACAUCCUGUUUGCCAACAGCGGCUACUUCAGGGCCCUGCUGAUUCAUUACAUACAGGAUAGCGGGCGGCACAGCACGGCCUCCCUGGACAUCGUCACCUCGGAGGCCUUCUCCAUCAUCCUGGAUUUCCUUUACUCGGGGAAGUUGGAUCUCUGCGGGGAGAACGUCAUCGAGGUCAUGUCUGCAGCGAGCUACUUGCAAAUGACGGACGUGGUCAACUUCUGCAAAGCCUACAUUAGGUCCUCGCUGGAUAUUUGCAGGAAAAUAGAGAGGGAAGCUGCUUUCUACCAGGCUGACAGUGGGAGUGGAGGCUCAGCGAGAGAGGGCCCCUCACACAGCACCAAGGGGCAGGGCGGCACCUCAGCCCUGCGGGAAAAGGAGAGGAUGGCGGGCUGCCAGAGCGACCCUCCGUGCGGAGAGUGCAGCACCUGCCGUCCCCUGGAGCUGGUGGUGAGGGACCCCGGGGGCAGCGACUCCCCGGACGACGCCAACUCUUCCCUGCCCAAGGGGGUGGAACCCAAGGUCGAGUUCGAUGCGGACGAGGUAGAGGUGGACGUGGGUGGGCGGCUGCAGCAGUACCCAGCUGCGUUGUCUCUGGAGCAGGUGGACGAGGGGCUGCACGGCGGGCAGGCGAUGGACCUGGCCUGCAAUAACUAUCACAUGAAGCAGUUCCUAGAGGCCUUGUUGCGCAACAGCUCGGCUCAGAGGAAGGAUGACGUAGUUCAUCACUUUGUUCGGGGCUUUGAGGGUAGGCCAGAGGAUGCAGGGGUAGCCGUGAGCUCCAUGAUGGACAUUCACAGCGACUGGUAUGGUGAGGACACAGGUGAUGUGUUAGUUGUGCCAAUCAAGCUCCACAAAUGCCCGUUCUGUCCCUACACGGCCAAGCAGAAGGGGAUCCUGAAGCGGCACAUCCGCUCGCACACCGGGGAGCGGCCCUACCCCUGUGAGACCUGCGGGAAGCGCUUCACGCGGCAGGAGCACCUGCGGAGCCACGCGCUGAGCGUGCAUCGAUCCAAUAAGCCGAUUAUCUGUAAAGGCUGCAGGAGAACGUUCACAAGCAGUCUGUCUCAAGGAUUACGGCGCUUCGGCUUGUGUGACAGCUGCACUUGUGUGACCACCACGCAUGAGGACUCGAUGCCCAUUAACCUCAGUCUGAUGGACCCGUCAUCAGAGGGCCAGGAGAAGGGUGAUACGGACAGUGACUGGCCCAUAUACGUGGAGUCUGGGGAGGAGAACGAUCCUGCUGAUGAUGACGAUGCUGAGGACAAGCAGGAAAUCCACAGGAGCUUAGCAGACCAAGAAACGCUUACGUAGCAGUGGGAGGAGGUGGGGAGGACUGAAAGUCUCUCUCCAACAGUGGUUGGUCUGCAACGGAAAACUUUGUAUUUAUCCAGUUAGUGAGACUGAGUUGGGUUUUUUUUAAUUGUUAUUCAGUGUUUUAAUAGAAGAAUGGGAAGAAUUCAAAUUCUUAAUACUUCUAAGUUUUCAGUGCUGUGCACCAGAAUUCUGUGAAGGAUCUGCCUGGGGUUCGCAGAGGUUUUAUCUGAGCAAUCUCCAGCUGUGUCUCUGCCUCCUGGUUUCGAGGAAGAGGAGGUGUUUUGUAGGCAGAACACCUGUUGUUUUGAUAACAGGUUUCUUCAAAUAAUGAUGUCGUGUUCCUUAAUCUCUGGUCUGAAAGGGGCACCUUUCAUUGUCUCUCUGAAGAUUCAAUUAGAAGAAAUGUGGUUUUCAUCCUUACUUUGGACUUUUCUAAACUAAGUUUUGAUCUUUCUGUGUUAGGACAGUAUUAUCUAAACUGUAAACCUUGUCUUUUCAUAGACUUACUGUGACCUGGAAGCCAGGGCAGACGUGUCAAGAUAACAAAAAUAUGCUGCUGAUGAAAGCAUAGAAAGUAAGAAUAAAUACGUUUCACAUAUCCUUAACUGCAAGUAUUUAGAGAACAAGUUUUUCUUUCCAAAUUGUUUUUACUGCAUCUUCGUGUUUCAAGAGCUCAGACUGCAGCUCUUCAGGUCCUUGAUGUCACUUAGACACCAGUAGUUUUGGCUUAAGCAGUACUAAGCACACAUAGUGGUGUCUGUUGUCUUGGUCUCUCAGCUUAUGAAGUGAACUGCCCAAAUCUCUUCAGCUUUUCACAGUAGAAGUGAAAAUCUAUCCGUCAGGAUACUGGGGAAUCCCAAUUCCAGAAGAGGAAUUGGAUGCACAGCUGAUGUAGCUGAGGAACAGUUAAAUGAAUGUCAGUGAGCUCUGCGUGUCAAACAGCACAGUGGACCUUUUUAGAAGCAGCUGGCUGGGAAAUCUCAGAAUUUUUUACUGACCCCUUUGUAUGCAAAUCUUUUUCUUUUCCUCUGCUUUCUUUCAGUCUUCGGUGAUGUUUUGCAAGGCUUGUAUUGCUGUAUAAAUUCAUACAAGUACUGGGGUUUUUAAGCUCUGUAGCGGACCUCCUGUUUCAUUGCUGGGAUAGAGAAAGGUUGGCGUUCAAAUGAGGUGAGAUUUUUAACCUUCCAAGAAAAACUGAGUUGACAUAAGGUAUGAAAAAUCAGCCUGGGAAGCUUUAGAAGAAAACGCCACCAACAGAAAUGCUGUUUGCUUGGAAACCUACUGUUCCCUAAAGAAGAGACAGAACUGAAAGAUACUCUUAAGAAAAGCAUAAUGCUUCUUUGCUGUUUUGUUCGUAAGUGUUAAAUGAAAAGGCAAAUUGCACACGGGUUGUUCUAGCUGAAGAUCUGAAGGCUGUAACCUGACAUGGCUGAUGAAGGACAAGCAGUUCCUCCCACCUUUACUCGAAGGCAUCACUUGCUACGUUGAUUUUCUGUAACUUAAGCUGAGUAAGUUUUCAGUAGUUCCUAUUCCAGAUCAUCUGUACAUUUUAGUUUGUAGUAGCUGAACAGUAUCACAGUGGCACACAGAAAAAUCUCACUGGGACAAGACAAAAAGAAUGCAGGGCUCUGCAGCCCCCUGUUACUCGUCUCACUGAAGGCCGUCGUGCAGAUGCCAGAUUUGAGCUGAGCUCCUCUGAUGAUGUGGCUGCAGUUUUGGGUCUGAAGCACUUUUGGAAAUCAGAACAAUGCAGUGCAAGUGGUGCCAGUGGUUUGGAAAUGCCACCUGCAGCCUAUGAGCACCAACAUUUGAACUGCCGUCCUGUUUUUGCUGAGUACUACAACCUCAGAGGGUAUUUUUUGGUAUCCGAUUAUCUGAUACUGGAAGGACUUCUGUGAGUGAGAACACCCAAAAAAGUGACGCUAUCUGUGUGUGUUAGAUUAGCUCACUAACGGGAGUGAGAUAAGAAUGUAAAUAGGGACCCACAACGAUGUGUAGGGACCAGCAUCCCAGGGCAGCAGGGCUGGUCGUGGUCGCACGGAGACGCCGAGUCAAUGUAAAUAUUGGUGGAGGUGACUGAGGUCAGCUGAGCGCGGCUGUGGCUCAGGAGCUGCCAGGAGCUGCCAGGAUGAUCCUGUCCCACCGAGCAGUGCUGAGCAGCCACCUCUGAAACUGAAAGGCGUCCAGAGCAGGGAAAGUGAAGCUCUUGCGAAAGUCUGUAAUAAAAGCUGCAGGAAUAACUGCAGAGACCUUCAGCAAUUUUACUUCAGUCCGCUUUCUUUGGUCUUAGGGGUUGUUCUUUGUGUCUUGUGCAUAGAGGAUGGGCUGUGCUGUGGUUUGUGUGACUCUGGGUGGGGCUGCGCUCUUUGCGUUCCGGAUUGAAAGCGACCACCAGAAUCGAUGUUUCCUGUUGAUCUGUCAUGUUGUGCUGCUUUGUUUUCAGCUGAGUCCUUCUGCUUUUGUAUUUGGUAGAAGAGGAUGGGGUUUAUCCACGUUCUUGUGGCUGAAUGUUCGUGUCAGUGUUUGCUGUGCUUCUCACCUGGUUCUUUGAUGUUUUCCUGAAAUCUUCCACUGUAACUGCAGCCUCCACAAGCUCUGAGAAAACGAUGUAGCUGUUAUCAAAUAUUCAUACGGUGCUUAAUGAAAAAAUCAAAGAUGUUUUUACAAAACUCCUUUUAAUAAAAUCUCCUUCUCAAAGUUUUUAAAGGCCACACAGACUGCAGAUUUCAGUCUCAGCUCCAUGGAACUGACUUUGAGGAGCACGUUUAGCAUGCUUGGCGCACAACUGCACUGUAUUUCAUGGUGGAAAACAAGCUGCACUGAAUUCAUGGUGCAUUUAACCUAUUGGUGCAAGACCUUGUAAAUCUUCCUGAUGUGGUCAUUUAAUUUCCUGAUGUUUUGUAAGGCAGUUUCAUAACUGGAGUCCUUUUGCCUCCUUUAAGUGAUGAAUUCUCAUAAAUCUAACCUUACCUGUAGAAGUGACUUACUAGAUUUGUGGAUCUUGGAGCAUUCUGGAGCUUUCUGAUAAAAAAUAAAAAAUCUCUGAGGGUCGCUUUGGCUUUUUUAAUUAUUAUUAUUAUUUAACCAUUGGAAAGUUAACUCAGUGACUCGGAGCGUAUCUAGAUUGAGAUGCACAUUGCCGUUCCUAGGUGUUGAAACUGGGCACAUCCAUUUCUGCUGCCACACCACGCCAGGAGAGAUGAGAUUCUCAGUAAGGAAGAAUCAAAAGGAUGCUGUCAGCUCACAGCACGGCACUGGGAUGUUUUAGGACGUCUUUCACAUCGCUGAUGCUGACUUUGUUUUCACAAGCUCACGUGCUUUUUAACCACCUUGGAUUUUUAAAAACUUUUUCCGAGCUUUUCUUUUUUCGUGCUGGCCGACAAAACUCCCCCAGCAGGAAAGCAGUCACUGGUGCUGAAGAACAUCUCACAAAUGUUGUUCCUAAAACGCAUAAUGGGGACAAAAUCCUGGGUCUGCUCUGUGUUGGCAUUGGAUAUUUCACGUAUGGUCUUUUUUAAAGCCUGUUUUUAAAGUCUGUGCUUAAAAUCUGUGUUUAUCUGUUGGUUUAAAACACUGUGAGUUGAUGGAAAAAAUGUAACCACCCUUCCUCCUUUCCUACUUUUGAAAUACAAUCACUUUUAUUUUACUGGGUUCUUUUAUACAUUUUUUCUUUCAGACAAGCCUGAAAAUUUUUCACAUUUCCAAACCCACUGGAAUGCCAAUUAUUAUUUUUUUAAUCAUUAAAACGUUUUAUUGCCAUUCAAGAUGUUUUGGUCCAACCCAAAGCACCCAGCUCCGCUCCUGAGCCGCCCGCCGGCCAACAAAGCGGGACGGGCUGCUUGAAUUCGGGCUGGUUUGGAAGCCCAAAAACAGCCCCGAGAGCAGCGGGGUGCAGCCCCACGUGCAGGGAAUUCACCCUUCUUGAGGGUGGGAUCAAAUCUUUACCUGCUUUCUCUCUUUUAUUUUUUUCCUAAGCGGUGGAUUGCUGAAUUCUCUUGGUCGAAUGUUAAAUGUGAAUGCUGUAUGUAGUGCGGUUCUUUUAUAGUUAAAGAACAUAAAGUGUUAAAUGUUAAUCUCCCAGUAAGUGGACUCAAUUUUUUCUGGUUUUCCAUUGAAAGGAAGAGCAGUAAUUAAUUACCAGACUUGGUAGCAAAGCUGUGAGAUUCUUUAAGCUGGAAAUGUAAUUGAGAGUAGAUUUGCCAGCGUUACUUCAGAGAAGAGCUGGACUCAGAAAUGUCCACUCCUGUGCAAAUGAGCUGCACAGGAAUUUGCUCACAGUUCCAGAAAUGGGAAGCUGAGCUGGAAGUGAAAAAUACACCAAAGCAGUUUCCAUUGUUGGCAAAGGAUUGGGAACUCGAGUUUCCAGGAAAGCUUAAACCUCUUCACUGGUGCUACUUGAUUAUACUUUUAUACUUGGGUACCAAACCCGAAUAAAACAGUACAGGAAUUGUUGAUAGUGUUUGUAUCAGCACUAACAAUGACUCUUAAAGUCAUUUUUAAGUCGUUUUCUACAAAGCAGACUCAGCCUUGCAGCUGGAACACCUCCACCCAGCUGCUAAGUCACCUCCAUUGGAUAAACUCUCCCAGCUGUAUCUCAGCUUCAAGUGGAACUUUCUUGGCUACAAACGGUAACUGAAAUGUAGAAAUGCAGAGCAGUAGAUUAAACAACUGGCCGUGCUUCUGGAAUCAACGUUUGUGGUGUGUUACUGUGCAGCACGGGCUGAAACAAGUCCUGGUGGAUGAGAAAACCCACGCUCUGCUCCGUGGCCGUUCCCAGCUGCUGGGUAAAUUUCUGGGCGAGUUUCCUGAAGCAUGCUGAGCAUUCUGAGCACUUGCAGCAGGUUUAGAACUUCUGAUUAAUUUACUCGAGAUA